CGAAAAAUCGUAUGUAAUCUCGUCAAAUGUCAAAACCAUAUCUAUUGGCAAUUAAAUAUUAAUGAUAAAAAUGAGGAAAAGAGCAGCCGGUUUUCUGAUUUUUCGACGAUUGAAUUCACAAAUCGAAUAUCUGCUGUUGAAAGCAUCAUAUGGAAAUUAUCACUGGACCCCACCCAAAGGCCAUGUAGAUCCAGGAGAAGAUGAUUUUACAACGGCAUUGCGUGAAACGCGAGAAGAAGCUGGCUACAGCGCAGACGAUUUAAAGAUAUACAAGGAUGAACAGAAGAUCCUAAAUUACAAAGUCAAAGGAAAAAAUAAGACUGUGGUUUACUGGCUUGCCGAGCUAAAAGACGGUCACAACAAUCCAACACUGUCGGAUGAACACACCGAAUUCCGUUGGCUGCCCAAGGAUGAAGCAAUUUCCUUGUCGGGCUACGCUGACUUUGCUCAAAUGGUUCAAUAUUUUCAUGAUAGAAUUGGAAAACUUUAGGUGCAACCAAAUACAAAUUAUGUUCACUAAUCCACAAUAAAUAAAUGCUCGAUGAUUUCGAUUAUUUUGUGAUAAA